AGUUUGGGGGACACACCCGGUACAGGAGGCUGAGCGAAAAGGGGAGCACUAAGACCCAGGGGAAGUGAAAGGCUGCAGCAAACAGCUGGAGGAGGAUUAGGCGUUGUGGGGGGAGGGAAAAGGGGGAGCCAUCUGGUACCUUGGUGGCUUCUGAAACAAACAACAUUGGUCAUAACAACAGAAAUGGCCAGUCAAUCCCAGGGUAUCCAGCAGCUCCUGCAAGCCGAGAAGCGGGCGGCUGAGAAGGUGGCAGAUGCCAGAAAGAUCCUUUCUUCUGCCUCCAGGGAAAGCCCGGCGUCUGAAGCAGGCAAAGGAGGAGGCACAAAUGGAAGUGGACCAGUACCGCAGAGAGAGAGAGCAAGAAUUCCAGAGCAAGCAGCAGGCAGCCAUGGGCUCCCAAGGGAACUUGUCAGCUGAGGUGGAGCAGGCUACAAGGCGCCAGGUGCAGGGCAUGCAGAGCUCCCAGCAGAGAAACCGCGAACGUGUCCUGGCCCAGCUUCUCGGCAUGGUCUGCGACGUCAGGCCCCAGGUCCACCCCAACUACCGGAUUGCUGCCUAGGACCUAACCUAGGGCCUGACUCCUCCUCCCAGUUCCCUCCUGCCAAGAAAUUCCCAAGUCAAAAUCAACUUCCACCAUAAUCCUUCUCUCCCUUGCAUUCCCUAGAAAUUCUAGGAAGCAGAAUCCAAUGAUUCUCCUGUGAAACUUAGACAUACCCUGGUCAGACCUGAAUCUCCUUAUUGCUCUUUUACUGGGACCAUGUAAACUGCCAGGUCACCUUCACUAAGAUCCUUUGUGAAAUUUGUAGCUUGGAGAAGUAGGGAUGUGGAAAACACUGACUUCAGGGCCAGGCAGGCUUGGGUCCCUCUCCUGACUGUGCCACUUGCUGGCUGGGCAACCAUGACAAGCUACUUAAACUGUAACUCCCGUGUCCUUCUAAGGCUGGAAUAAUGCUACCUUGUUGUUGCAUUAACUAGAAAUCAUUCUGUAAAGAGCCUAGCAUGGUUUCUAGUAGCUGGAUUCAAUAAGUGACAAAUCUGUGAUAUUAUAAUGACCCCCUGCCCACCUGCCAAAACCUAAACACAGCUGUUUUCUCACUUCUGUCUGUGGCUUUCUAAUUCUACUCAUUCAUCUUGCUGCUGCUAAGUUGCUUCAGUCGUGUCCGACUCUGUGCGACGCCAUAGACGGCAGCCCACCAGGUUCCCCCAUCCCUGGGAUUCUCCAGGCAAGAACACUGGAGUGGGUUGCCAUUGUGACCCUCCUAAUUCUCUAGAGAAUCGGUUCUUCCCAUCUUUCUUUUCCCACAGACCUUAUGAUCCCUGAAAAGAUGAAAUGAUGGCUUUAAUUAGCCUCUCUAUUGUGAUUCCAGGAAGAUGUUUGCAUUUUUUAGCCUUUUUGUCUCUCUUAAGUUGGUCUUUCUCUUUAUUGGCUUUCCCCCUUUUGCUAUUUCCCAAAAGAACCAUCAGAUGCUUACUGCUUCCUGAGAUCUAAAGUGAUGUUGUGUCCUCUUGUGUGCAUGACCUUCCUUUUACAUCCUCAACACCAUACUUUCCCUUUGUAACAAUAAAAGUGUCAAUAAAAUAAUUAUGGGCAAAUCAA